AUGGCGGCCAAAAGUGACACUCUACAAAGACGACCAGGCUACAAACAACAACUUGAAGAAAUUAAAGGAAUCAUUGACACAACUAUACUAGAAGAAGGUGAAUCAUGGUUUUUGAUCAAUGUCGACUGGUUUGAACAGUGGAAAAUGUACGUUGAUUACGACUCUUCGAAUUCUUCUCAAACAGGGCUGGAGUCAGUAGUACCAGGUCUAAUAGACAAUACUGAUCUCUUCAAGGAUGAAUCGUUUACUGAUUUGAGGCCUAACAUGACUAACGAACAUGAUUACUACUUACUUCCUCUUGCAGCAUGGGAAAAGCUGUUUACAUGGUAUGGUGUUCUUGAUGGUCAGAACCCUGUGGAGAGAAAGGUCAUUCUACAAGGACGAUAUUUGAAGCACCUGAAAGUGGAAGUUUAUAUGACUUCUGUUAAGUUGUGCCUCUUCACUAACCAAAAUGCAGUGAAGAUAAAGGAAUAUAGCAAGGCAGAGAUAUUGGAAAAUAUUUUAAAGGAGAUAAAGCAGCUGUUUGGAAUACAAGAUUGUUUGGCAGUUCGACUGUGGUUAGGGUAUAUGAGUUCAUUUAUUAAACGUAUUGAUCGGAUGGACCUUACUUUGCAAGAAUGCAGCAUCUACACUGGCCAGUCUCUCGUGCUAGAAGUGAAAAAUGAAGAUGGCACUUGGCCAAGAGACAAACCAGGUUCACAUGAACCGGUGUACAGACAACAAUCUUUAAAACAGGCAGAAAUGAGUGAUGAGCAGCAAGUAAAUACCAUGACGUCACAACAAUUUUCGAAACAGGCAGAAAUGAGUGAUGAACAGCAAGUAAAUACCAUGACGUCACAACAAUUUUCGAAACAGGCAGAAAUGAGUGAUGAACAGCAAGUAAAUACCAUGACGUCACAACAAUUUUCGAAACAGGGAGAAAUGAGUGAUGAACAGCAAGUAAAUACCAUGACGUCUAUACGGCAAUCUCCAAGGAAUCGGGAGGGAAUGGAAGAUGAGCAAUUAAAACCACAGCAGAUUCAACAGAUAGAACAACUGACGCAGGACGGUUCAGCAAAUGAUGAGCAAAUCGAGCAAUGGAGACAGCAGAACGCUGAUUUAGAAAAGUCAUGGAAAGACGAUCAACUGCAAAGAGAUCAGGCACUUACUGAAGAGAGAAAAGAGAAAGGGGAACUGAGGCAAAUGUCACAGCAAGAACAAGAAGACAAACAGAAAAAUCUUGAUGAAGCUCAACACCAGAUUGAGGAAAUAAAUGAACAGAAAGAAAAUCUCCAGCAAUUACUAAAUGAAAAGGAAACCGAAAAGGCAAACUUGGUAGAGCUGCUGGCAGAUGCUGACGCAGCAAUUGAACGAUACCAGGAAAGACAACGCAACGAAGUUGUCAAGAUUCCUUCAUGUAAUAUUAUGUUGACUGGCACAGAACUUGGACGUGGAGCAUAUGGAAUUGUUCGUGUUGGAUGUUGGCGUGGUUGUCCUGUGGCCGUCAAGUUGUUGUAUGAUCAUUUGGCUGCUGUUCAACGCAACAUUCAACUUGUUCAACAAGAAGCAUCUGUAGCAUGGAAGAUACAUCAUCCAAACAUUGCUUCUGUUUGUGGUGUCACUCUGGAGUUAGAAGAGAAGAAGGCAUGGAUUAUCAUGGAAUUACUUAGCGGCUCCAUGUCUGGUGUGAUUGAUGCAUGUCAAGGAGAUGUUGCACCUCUCACUCUACGAGAAAAAGUUGACAUGACACAUGAUUCUUUGUGUGGACUUGAUUACAUUCACUCGAUGCAACCUAAGGAGAUUCUGCACGGUGACAUCUGUCCUAGAAACAUCCUGGUUACAGCAACGAUGAGAGCCAAGCUGGGUGAUCUAGGAGCUGCUCGUUUUGAAGAUAUUUCACUUUCAGUUGGCGUGCUCAGUCCACAAUACACCCCUCCUGAGAGAUUUGAUGCUCCAACUUUACGAAAAAGCAAGAAAACCGACAUGUACAGUUUUGGAGUGACCAUGUGCGAGCUGUUUACUGCCAUUCUCCCAGAUCGUGAACAAAGGAUGGAUCAAGUCUUACUCAUCCGUCAGCUAAAUGUUCGUUCCUUGUGUAAGCACUUGAUGAGAGAUGAUCCUGCAACGCGACCAACAGCUGAAGAUGCUCGCAAUAUUAUUAGCCGUAUGCGGGAGACAGACGAGUAUAAAGUAUGUCCUCCUAAACGGAUGGUAAAGGGCAAGAUGGAUGGAAUGGAGAAUGUUACUCUUGCCUAGGCUAUCUGCUAAGAAAAUGACAUGACAUUAAACCGUGUAUUGUGUCUUUCUUAUUUGCACCAUGUAUGCGUUGUUACAAAGUGUUCACAUAGCAAUAGCAUUAAUCAAAUCGUUUUUGCAUUUUGCUUUCAUACAAAUCAAAUUAGCGUUUUUAAUUUUUGACUUUGACAUUGUACUCGUAAUUUGUAAGUUUGAUGUGUGCUUAUUGUUACGAUAUUAUGAAUUAUAUUUACUGUUU